AUGACGGCCGCUACCCAAAACUCCAUCACUACAGCACCUAACGCAAGUUCACAAGAGCCUCCUGCGGUUGCAUUGGCCAGCUGCAUGCGGAUCGCCGUGGUGGCGGCCAAAGCUGCUGCUGCUGCAGCCACCGCAGUUGCAACAGCGGCUGCUGGAUCAAAAAGAGGUGCUCUACAUUUUGCUUCAUCUGCACGAAACAUAGAGCAACUAGUUCCUGCAGAUCUGUUACAGUCUGAGUCAUUUGAUGUGAAUGUACUCGAUCUAGACCUUGCGUUGGCGAUGCAAGACCGAGAAUCGGGCUCCUUAGAAUCGGGUUCGAGGCCGGCCAGCUUAUCGACUAUAUCGGAAGAGGAGGUGCCACCUCCUGGGCUGCAGGUCGAUUUGGGGUCGUCAGAACACUGUUCGGAAGGUACGUCUGGAAAGCCUUUAGGCACUAAAGGUCCCUCAUCUAGAGAGUCCCAGCAAUUAAUGUCACCAGCACAUCGUUACUGGCCAGGUUCUAUUCAGCAGUACAGAUACGAGCACCAUUAUCAUCAUCAUCUCCAUUCACAAGGACAGCGACAACCUCCAAGCACAUAUCCGAAGGACAAAAUCGAUCAAGUAAGUUUAGCAACUAGUUAG